UGAUGUCCUUUUGAUCUUAACAAAAAACCGAAACUUUUUUGUUUAUUUUAUAAAUGUGGUGUAAAUUAAAAUUAAAACACUUUCUUCUUAUAAAGAAUAUAAUAUUGUAGAAUCUUGGUAGAACCCGAAUACAUAAUUUACUUAAAGAACGCAUUCACAGCGUUAACGAACAGCUGUCAAAUGAUGCUGACCUAUACGAUUGCAUUAAAAUGAACGGUAUAAACUACAACUCUCUCCCUUUCAAUAUUGCGGUUAGUUUAGCUCAGACGAGUGUGCUAUGUAAACGUAUUGAUGUGGCGCAUUUUUUAUUUGGAUGUAAACACGUCGCAGAUUGUUAAAAAACGUGAAGUGAAUACUUAGUAAUUAUGUGUUCCGAUGAAAAUGUUAUGUGUUUAAAGUGUGCUGUAAUUUAAUGGGUCAACCAAAUCUUUCACUUCUGUGUGAAAAUGAAUGGUAAAAUGCAUAGUGAGACCGGCAGUGGCGCUUUCACAUCCGACGGCAUGCGCGCCGAAAUAUUGAACCCCUUCGUCCACAAAUUGGAAUUAGAUAACACAUAUGACAAAAUAAAGACCGCCAUAUUCACCAUAAUAUUGUUGCCUUUUCGAGUAAUAGUUAUAUGUUACUUGAUCGUCACAGCGUGGUUCCUGGCGUGUAUAGGACUUUAUGGUCUAACUGAAGAUGAUCUCAGAAGAGCACCUAUGACAGGAUGGAGAAGCAAGCUUCGCCACUCCAUCCUAUGGUGCGUGCGGCUUGUGGUCCUCGCGUCUGGUUUCCACCGGGUGAAGAUCAAGGGGAAGAAGAACAUGGUGGGCAGCUCCCGGGAAGCCCCGGUGCUGGUGAUAGCCCCCCACUCGUCGUUCUUCGACGCGGUGGCGAUAGUCUGUCUGGGCGCGCCCAGCGUGGUCGCCAGGGCUGAUACAGCGAAGAUACCGUUUAUAGGACAGUUAAUAAACUACACGCAGCCGGUGUACGUGUGGCGAGAUGACCCCAACUCACGACAGAACACCAUCAAGGAGAUCAUCGCCAGAGCCACGUCGAAGGAAGACUGGCCACAGGUGCUAAUCUUCCCCGAAGGCACGUGCACGAACCGCUCCUGUCUCAUCACGUUCAAGCCGGGCGGGUUCUACCCGGGCGUGCCCGUGCAGCCCGUCACCAUCCGCUACCCGAACUCGCUGGACACCGUCACGUGGACCUGGGAGGGGCCUGGCGCCCUCAAGCUGCUAUGGCUGACGCUGACCCAGGUGCACAGCGCGUGUGAGAUCGAGUUCCUGCCGGUGUACCACCCCAGUGAAGAGGAGAAGAGGGAUCCCAAGCUAUAUGCCAGGAACGUCAGAGAUGUUAUGGCUAAAGCUUUAGGCGUGCCAGUCCUAGACUACACAUACGACGACUGCCGCCUCAUAGCGCGGGCCAAGCAGCUGGGCAUCCCCGCGGCACCCGCCUGCCGUGAGGUGCAGCAGAUUAGGCAGGCUCUAGGGCUGGAGAAGUCUCAACUAGAGCUGCACAUCUGCGGCUCUGUGGGCGCGGACCGCUGGGUGGACGCAGCUCAGUUCACACGCAGGCUCGGCGUCCAGCCCGCAUCCAGCCACGCCGCGCGCCUGUACCAGAUAUUCCAACAGAAGUCGAGCGGGCUAGUCUACUUCCCCGACUACCUGCUGUGUGCCGCCUUCCUGUCGCUGCAGCACGAGCCGCUCUCUCACUUGCUAGCUUAUGCGUAUAAAUUAUACUCCUCCAACGGCUCAGGCCGGCUAACCCAAGCGCAGUUCGUGGAGGCGGCGGGCAAGUGCCUCGCGCUGUGCCAGGAGGACGCCGCCAACACCUUCCAGCAAGCUGACGUGGAGGAGAGAGGAACACUCAGCUACGAUGAAUUCAUGCAAUUCGCAUCCAAGAAGGCUGAGUUUGCGUUCUUAUCGACCACCGACGGCGCCGUGGGGACCAAACCGAAGAGCCAGUGAGACGAGCCCAUUCACAUCCCCACCGUCAGCAGCCGUGUUUGAGAUUCAUCCAAAUCAGUCUAUCAGUCAUACCCAUGAAAAUCAUUCUUAGUGCCCGCGGCACGAAUCCGUUAUCGACGUAGAAAAAAGUAUGUAACUUUAUCGAGAUUCGCCAUAAAUACGCGGUGAUUGGUGGCGGUGACGAGUUUAUUGACGUCGAUAAUUGACCCGUGCAGCGAGGACAGGUGUCGUUAUAAGUCAUGUUUAGAUGUGUCGACUAGUUAUCAUCUUUUAUGGUAGAUAAAAUUCAAAGAUACUGAGAUAGUUUUGUUAAAAAACACACUUUAAGCUAGAUGCUUUUUGACACAACAAAAUACGAAAGUAAAUUACAAAAUAUUUUUGAAGCUGAAGGUACUAAAGUUGAUUUGCUAAAAUCAAUAGAAAGCUGCGGAAAGAGGAUUGUGAAUGUGAAUGCUUGCAAUUUGUACAUUUCUGUGAAUAAACAUUAUUUAUGCUUCGUAUUUUAUAAGUGUGAUAACGCUAUAUUACAUAGUAUUUUGUCAUAUAAGUACUUUAAGUAUUUACCUACUAGUAAAUAGUGUAUCCGCACGUACGGUCAGCUGCAUAAGUAGCUAUACACUUUUGUACCUUGUCAAACUACCUACAUCAACCAAAUUUCAAUGUUUGAAUAGACAGUUUGUGAGUUCGAUAAGGUACAAAUGUGUAGUAUGUGUACGGCUACUUAUGCAGCUGACUGUAAAUUUGUAAAAAUUGUGCGGUUAGGGACAAAUGACUCCAUAAUUUCCACGUCUCACCCAUGUACAAUGAAACAUUCCUUUUGGCUUUUAUUAAUUAAGUAUACGUAAUCUUGUCUUCUUGUAUAGAAUAAUUGUAGAUUACUCUUGUAGGCAGCGUAUUCUGAAGUGCACUUUCAAUUACGCGAUCUCUGAAGUUAAGCAUAUACCUUUUAGCAUCGUACGUAACGGACGCAUCUUUUCAUUCUUUGUAUAGUAUGAAUUUACACAAGUGCGUCCACUUCAGCGCCAUUUCCCCAUACCCCUAUAAAAAUGCGUUUCUCCCGUGCGACCUUAAC